GGUUAACCGAUAAGUAACCGGUACCGAUUGUGUGCAGAAGCCAAAAAUUCAGCCUAUCCUGAUUCCUACGAAGCAAUGUCAAAUACUCAAAUUCAAAGCUCCAAUUUCCAAACAUCACAUUCAUUCACAAUUUCACAUACAUUUUUUAUUUUUCCGAAUGAUUCAAUUUGCUGGCUGGCUGCUGCUGUUCAGUUCUUGUUAAUGUUAUGCAGUGCUGUCCUGUUCUCUGCCGUUCUUGUUCUGCACCAAAAUUACAAUUUACAAAUCAACCAAAAUGGCAAAAUUGCCUCGUUCUCAAUUCUCUAACAGGAGGGGACGAGGGGUAGGGACUGGGGGAAGAAGAAAGAUGAAGGCAGAAGGCAAGAGAAGGAGAAGGAGACUUACAGAGUUGCGGCGACUGGGGAAGAGGAAGACUGUUGAGUCGGAGAGGGAGGAGAACAGGAGAGAGAAGGGUGGAAGGAGGCGGAGCGGCGUCGCGGGGCGGCGGAGCGUCGAUGGGCGAUGGCGGAGCGGCUCGUGGGUCUCGGCGGAGGGGCAAUGUCGCGAUGACAAUGGAGAGUUGGAGGCUUGGAGCGGCUGGGUCGACACUCGACAGUCGACUUUAGCCUUUAGGGUUUUUUGGUUUCACCCUCCACAGUCCACCCCCUCCCUGCGCUGCGUUUUGAAUUUUUGCGAGACAGACGGUAUCCGGUUAACCGUCCCACCGACGGUAUUUACCGGGUGGGGAGGCGGUAUACCGGUAUACCGGCGGUUACCGGUUCGGUAACUGGUUAUGCCGAUAACCGGAAAACCGAAUACCAGCCCUAACCCUAUUGAUCGGGAUGAGAUCUGCCGUCUCGAAAUCGAAUUGACUAGACAAUGGGAGGCAGAGGAAGUCUAUUGGCAGCAGAAAUCUAGAGUUCAUUGGUUAAAGAAGGGGACAAAAAUACGUCGUACUUCCAUACGGUGACUAGAACUCGUCGUAAACGGAACUUUGUGGCUGGUUUAAGGAAAGAAAGUGGUGAGUGGGUAACUGAGGAAAAAGGGAAAGCUGACAUAUCUACUUCUUUCUAUGGCCAUCUUUUCACGUCUGAGAAUCAGGUUCUGAACAUGGGGGAGCGGGUUGAUGCUCUGCCUAUCGCCCGUAGUGUUACCCCGGAGAUGAAUGUCGCCCUGACAGCUGCUGUCCUCCCAGAUGAGGUUCGUCAAACUGUCUUUGCGAUGGGAUCAAAGCAAGCUCCGGGGUUAGAUGGUUUUACGGGUAAAUUCUUCAAGGCCUUCUGGGGGAUUGUGGGUGAUUCAGUGAUUGACGUAGUAUGCUCGUUUUUUACGACCAGCAAAAUGCUCCGUAGCUUCAAUCACACCUGGCUCACGUUAAUUCCCAAAGUAGAUAAUGUGGAGACUAUGAAACAGUUACGCCCAAUCAGUUUAUGCCAAUUUGUUUAUAAAGUUAUAACUAAAAUAUUGGCUGAACGAUUAUCGUGUCUCUUACCGCACAUUAUCUCGUUAGGCCAGAAUGCGUUCAUUCGGGAGCGUCAAAUUGUUGAGAAUAUUCUCCUUGGUCACGAGUUGAUGCAUUACUUGAAAAUCAAAAGGCAAGGGAAGAAAGGGUACAUGGCUCUUAAGGUUGACAUGGAAAAGGCCUAUGAUAGAGUUGAAUGGCCGUUUCUUCUUGCGCUUUUGAACAAGAUGGGUUUUAACUCAGUAUGGCAGGGUUGGAUACAUGAAUGCCUCCGCUCUUCGUCUUUUUCAGUGCUGGUGAACGGUACUCCGUCAAGAUACUUCAUGCCAACCAGGGGCUUACGCCAAGGGGACCCUUUAUCUCCUCUUUUGUUUGUGCUCUGCACGGAGGGGUUUGCGGCACUUUUGAAUAAGGCUAUCUCGGAUAACCGGUUGGCAGGGGUCAAAGUUGCACCGCGUGCCACCCGAAUCUCGCAUUUAUUUUUUGCUGAUGAUUCUUACAUGUUCCUGCGUCGUAAUCUCCAGGAAUGUGAGAAUUUGAUUGAGGUAUUGAAUGAAUACGAGGAACUUAGUGGCCAGCGUAUCAAUCUGGCUAAAUUGGCGGUUUGCUUUAGCAAGAAUAUUACUCUGCUGACCAAGAGUUCCUAGCUGCAAUUUUGGGCGUGGGAGCGGUAGGGGUGCAUGAUAAAUAUCUGGGGCUCCCUACUUUGAUUGCUCGUUCUAAAAUGGAGACUUUCCGAUACUUAGAAGAAAAGUUGUUGGCAAGGCUUCAGGGAUGGAAGCAAAGGACAUUGUCUUGGGCAGCUAAUCCUAUCUUGUAGUAAAACCGGAAAGUCCGGGUAUCGUCUCUCAGGGACUGGUACAAACUUAAGAUUUACCGAUUUAAUAGAGCAAACUAUAGGUGAAAAGGGUUUAAUGAGAUUAUUAACUACUAGCAAAAUUAACUAAACAAGCAAAUUAACGUGUCGGGUUUAAAUCAAUGGGAGAAAGCUCUAGGAGAAACACCGGGAUUCACUACCUAUCCUAUCCAGAUUAAUUCGCAUAUUCCAAUCAGUUUAAUCCAUAUCCCUACAGCCAGGAUAUCACGAAUGUGCUAGCUAUCCCUGUCGGGAAUUACUACGUACUAAAUAAUCAAUUAAAAUCCUACUGUCGUAGCUCAAUGAAUUAACUAUAUAGUCUGAAGAUCGAUAUCCUAUUUAAGACCGCAUAGCACCUUAUUUAAUCCACUGUCGCUUCGAUAAGUUACUAUGUCACAUGAAAUAGGUUCAGAUAAUAGGGUUUCACUGUCGCUAAUAACCUAAUUUACUACGAUUCAUUGUAUUGGUGGCCAGUCAACACAAAGCAUUAAGAAAUUUCAUGCAAUAGAGAUUGGAAGAAAAGAAUCAUGAAUCAAUCCAUCAAAUCAAGAAAUAGCUACAUCCUAUGGUGUUUCCCCCAGAAAUCGGGGUUUAGUUCAUGACGAAAUUGAGAUAAAACAUUAGGGUUUUGAUCAUCAUGUUCUAAAUUAACAAAUAACAACUAAUUUGGUUUAGAAAAUCCAACCAACUAAUCGCUCUCGUUGAAUUCGGCUUAAACCGUCUUGGGAAAGUUGAUCGAAAUUUGCUGCUCGCCUUUGCUCUUGCUGCGCUGCGCCCUUUUUCUGCCUUUCCGCCCAAGAAUUUUCCUCGCGCGAUGCCUCUCCUCCUUCAGAAAAGCCAGCCGCCUCCUAAGACUUAAUUUCCGUCCACAAUAAUAAUCCCCUUGCCCGCUGCUUCCCUUGUCCAAGAUAAUGCCGCCUCUGCCCUUUCUUUUCUUUAAAAGUUCCGCUCCCAAACCACAAAAGAGACUCCCCUCGUCCAAAGUAAUAAUUCCGCCUCCAAAAAACCAAAACAAAAGUCGCCUCCCUCGUUUUCAAAAGCCCGCCGCCAAUUAAAUCCAAGCCCAAUUAAUUAUCUCCUCCAGAAAUCAGCCGCCAAUUACACUUUUUAUUCCCCAAGCUAAUUCCGUGUCCGGCCCAAUUUCCUCAAAAUGACAAUCGCCUCCUUUUUCGUGCUUUCUCCACCUGUAAUACAUCAAGCUCAUGGCACUAGGUAGUAAUGGUUUUUCAACCAUUCUCGGGUUAGCGAGCCCUAAAAUAGCACCAAUUGGCUAAAACAUACCACAGAUAAUCACAUAAAGUCCAAGAAUUCAAUAUGUUAAAGCCGAUUAUCACAACCCCACACUCAAGUGUUGCUUGUUCCUAAGCAACGACUCAAAAGACAUAACCACAUAACUAACCAUAACAAUGACACACCACAGACUCACUAAUCAAACACUCAAAGCAAAACACAAAAUUUCCUUGUACUCUUGUUGUAAUCAGUAGUUUCUUUCUCAACGGACAAGUUGUGCUUUAAUGAUCAUACCUUUCACCCCACACUCAAGGUCUUUGCAACCCUUAACCAUUGACUGACUCAAACCCAUCAAAAACUCAAUUAGCAACACUCAAUUCAGGUCGUCGGUAGUGGGUGGUUAACAACUUAUGGUGCAACAAUUAUUAGGAGAAUCUAACCACAUCAGUGAAGUGCAUAUCUCGUGAGGACAAUCUGGCUUACUCACACCAAUCAUAAGCAAUUAACAAAGCAUGAGUCUCAAA